AUGGCUCGCCAACAGUCUGUUCUCAUGCUCGGCGCGGGCUUCGUCACUCGCCCCACGCUCGACAUUCUCACCGCAGCCGGCAUCCCCGUCACCGUCGCUUGCCGAACCCUCGAGUCCGCCAAGAAGCUGUCGGCCGGCGUCCAAAACACCACGGCCAUCUCCCUCGACGUCUCCGACGACAAGGCUCUCGACGCACAGGUGGCCAAGCACGACCUCGUCAUCAGCCUCAUCCCCUAUACCUUCCACGCCACCGUCAUCAAGUCGGCCAUUCGCAACAAGAAGAAUGUCGUCACCACCAGCUACGUCUCCCCGGCCAUGAUGGAGCUCGACCAGCAGUGCAAGGACGCCGGCAUCACCGUCAUGAAUGAGAUUGGCCUCGAUCCGGGCAUUGAUCAUCUCUACGCUGUCAAGACCAUCGACGAGGUGCACCAGGCCGGCGGCAAGAUCCUGUCCUUUCUCUCAUACUGCGGCGGUUUGCCCGCCCCCGAGGCCUCCGACAACCCGCUGGGCUACAAAUUCUCCUGGUCCUCUCGCGGCGUCUUGCUGGCCCUGAGAAACGCCGCCAAGAUCUACCAGGGCGGCAGCAUUGUCGACAUUGCCUCCAAGGAUCUCAUGGACACGGCCAAGCCCUACUUCAUCUACCCGGGCUAUGCCUUUGUUGCCUACCCCAACCGCGACUCCACACCCUACAAGGAGCGCUACAGUAUCCCCGAGGCCCAGACCAUUGUCCGGGGCACGCUGCGAUACCAGGGCUUCCCGCAGUUCAUCCGCGUCCUCGUCGAGACUGGCUUCCUCGAAGACGUGCCCCAAGACAUCCUGAGCACUUCCGUCUCGUGGAAGGAGGCUACCAAGGCCAUUGUCGGCGCCCCAUCAUCGAGUCCCCACGACCUGGAAGCCGCCAUUGUCGCCCGGUCGACCUUUGACUCGCCCGAGGACAAGGAGCGGAUCCUCAGCGGCCUGCGAUGGAUCGGCAUCUUUUCAGACGACAAGAUUACGCCCCGCGGCAAUCCGCUCGACACGCUCUGCGCCACGCUGGAGCAGAAGAUGCAGUUUGAGAAGGACGAGCGGGACAUGGUCCUGCUGCAGCACAAGUUCGAGAUUGAGCACAAGGACGGAUCGCGCGAGACGCGCACGUCGACGCUCGUCGAGUACGGCGACCCCAAGGGCUACUCGGCAAUGGCCAAGCUCGUCGGCGUGCCCUGCGCCGUGGCCGUCCAGCGGGUCCUGAACGGAACACUGUCCGAGAAGGGCGUCCUGGCUCCCAUGACGACCGAGAUCAACGCGCCCAUCAUGAAGGAGCUGAAGGAAAAGUACGGCAUCGAGCUCAUUGAGAAGACGGUGCUGUGA